AUGUCGACAUCGGCUGCUAGUCAUCAUCCACAUCAUUCGCAUUCGCAUCCACAUCAAACGCAACAAUCAAAUGUUAAAUGGGCAAUUUAUCCAUCACAGAAUUUAAUGAUAAAAAAUUCAACAAAUGCCAACAACAAUAUCUAUGUUGUUAAAUAUCAAAAUUUUCAACAACAACAACAACUGAUAAUAAUUUCGGAUAAUGAUAAUCAUCAUCACCAUCAUGAUAAUGAUUCGAAUUCGAAUGAAUCGAAUUUGAUACGAUUAAUCGAUUGUUCCUAUCGAUUUUUAUUGCUCGUAUUUCCUUCACGUUUAUGUUUGAUAUCGAAAACAUUUUCCGAACAAACAAAUAAAUCCGGUAAUCGUAUUAUCGGUAGCGGUGGCGGUGGUAAUCAAACUGUAACCGGUUCACCAAGAUCACCAUUAUUAUUAAAACGUAGUGAUUCAAGUGGACAUCGAAGAUCAUCACCACGUCAUAUUUCAACACCUGGUACAUCAUCUUCAAUUAAUCGUUUUGGUGGAUCAUUUCGUCGAAAAUCACCAUCAAAUCAUUCACCUGGUACACCAUCAUUAUCAACAUCAAUGUCAAAUCUAUCUAAUUUAUCACAAUCAAAUUGUUCGAUAAUUGCUGAAUUUCGUUUUGAUGAUCAACAUGAUUCAAAUGAAAUAAUCGAUGUUUUUGUUACUAAUCAAUAUCAAAAUGGUAUAAACAUACGUGAUUAUCUUCAAUCAAAAUUAUUAUCAACAGCAACAACGGCUGAAAAAUUUUCUUAUCAAAAAUUCGAUGGUGAUCAACAACAACAACAAUUUGAUCAUCAAGAACAUUAUCUAAUUGAUCUGCUUUCAUCGGAUGAAUUGGAACAGGGUACCAAUCAAUUGGAUGAAGAAUUUAUUGUUGUUACAAAACAAUCUGUUUUUAUAAUCGAAUCAAAAGAAAAAUCAUUUGGUCAUAUAUUUCAUACAGAAAUUUUAUCAUUUUUAAUUCAAGAUCAAGAAAAUGGAUGCUAUCAAGAUGGUGAUCUAAUAAAUCGAGCAAAAUUUUUGGUCGAUUGUUUUAGUCCAUCAUCAACAACAUCAUCAUCAUCGAUACAUUCGAAUCGUUCAAGUUUAUAUCGAACAAGUUCAUCAUAUUCAUCAACCGAUUCACCAUCAUUAUCAUCUUUAUCGUCAUCAUCAUAUCAUCCAACAACAAUAUCAUCAAUGAUAAUGAUGCCAAGUCAAUCAUGGCAAUUAUGGUUAUGUCGUUCAGCAUUAUUAUUGAUGAAACAAAUAUUCAAUGAUAAUGAACAAUUAAGAUGUUUAUCGGAUAUUGAUCGACAACGAAUAAUAUCGAUUGUAUCGAAUAUCGAUACAAUCGAUUCGAAUCUUCAAAAAUGGAUUCAAAAUCGUUUGAAUCAAAUUUUUCGUUUAUUAGAAUUAUGUCGUUGUCCAAGACGUCGUGUUAUAACAGCAUUAAAUCAUUUUGGUUUUUGGUCAUAUUCAAUUUGGCAAUUACGAAAAUUUUUUCAUACAAAAAUUUUAUUCGAAUUAAAUGAUGAUGAACGUAAUUAUCUUUCAUGGCAAUUAUUUGAAUCAUUAUUGGCUAUUUAUCAAUUUUAUCAUCAAAAUCAAUCGAAUAAUGAAGAAAAAUCAUUAUCCAUUCAAAAUUUAUAUGAUUAUUUUUAUGAAUAUCGUCAAUAUUAUAAUCAUCAAUUAAUAUUAUAUCGAUUGAUUCAAUUGGAUUUAUUUGAAAUGAGUGAAUAUUUAGCACAAUUACAUGGUGAUUAUCUUUAUCUAAUUUAUUUUAUUCUACAAUAUAAAUGCGCAAUGAUUGUUGAUGAUCAACAACCGCAUUCAUUAGAUUCUAAUCGUCGUCGUCGUCAUCGUCAUAUAAUACGAUUAUUAACAUCUAAACAUGUUACAUAUUCAUUGAUUCUUAGUACAGAAUUUAUUCAUUAUGAUCAUCAACAACGAAUUGGUAAAUGUCGUUCUAUUCAUCUUAUCGAACAAUAUUUACAAUUUUUAUUUAAUCAAUUACCAAAAUUAUCAUUAAGAUAUUUAUUACGUUUAGCAUGGAUAUUUGAUCCAAAAAGAUUAUCAGUACGAUUAUUAAUUAAUCAAACAUUAUUUUAUUGUAAUCAAACAUAUCUUUGUAAUGAUAAACAUGAUUAUAAUGAUGAUGAUGAACAUCAACAUGAUCGAGUUGAAGAUUCAAUAGAAAAAUCAAAUGAAUCAAUAUCAGAUUCGGAAUCAAGUCUAAUAACUAGUACGGGAAAAUUACGUAAAAGUUUAUUACCAAUUAAAAGACGUGAUUUAUUAAAUAUGGAAAUAUUUUUACAAUCAUUAUGUUUACAAAAAAUGAUGAUUACAAAUAAAUCAUCAUCAUCACAAUAUGAUUGGUCAUUCGCUGAAACAGUUAUCGAUUGGUUACCAAAACAUUUAGAAAUUUAUCAGAAAAAUCUUGAUAAACAUUAUCAAAAAUAUGAACAAAAACAAAAAUUAUUAUCAAAUGAAAUUAUUGAUUUGAAAAAUUAUUUUGAAAAUCAUAUUGUAGCCGGUACACAUUGUUCAUUAAUAUUUGAUUAUCGACAAUAUUGUUUAUGGGGUCGUUUUGAUUAUACGUUUAUGAAUUCUGAACGAUUAGAGCAAAUAUUUUCAUUCGAUGAUCAUAAUCAACAACCACCAUCAUCAUCAACAACAGCAGAAUGUCGAAUACCAUUACAAUCAAUACAAACAAAUCGUUUAACAAAACCACAAUGUAAUCGUUAUUUUUCAUCAUUAAUCAAUGAUCCAAUACGUUCAAUAUCGAUUGGUUAUCAACAUUUAAUGAUUUUAACUGAUAAUGGUAUAUAUGCAAUUGGUUCAUCAACAUUUGGACAGCUUGGUUUAGGAUCACAGAUUCUACAUACACGUUAUCCAUUAUUAUUGGAAUUUGGUCAGAAUAUUACCGGUGAUAAUGAUAGUAAAAAAAUCUGGAAAAUUGUAUGUGGAUCAUAUCAUACAUUAUUAUUAUCGAUUGAUGGUCAUUUAUAUUCAUUUGGUUGGUCAUUACAUGGUCAACUUGGUCAUGGUAAUUCAAUUGAUGAUCAAUAUGAACCAAAAUUGAUUCGAUAUUUUUUCGAUACUAUUAAAGUAUCGAUUGCUGAUGUUGCUGCCGGAUAUGCACAUACAGCUGCUUUAACAACUACAGGUGAUUUAUAUUUAUUUGGUCAAAAUUGUUAUGGGCAAUUAGGUAUUGAAGGAGAAGGUGGUUGUAGUGGUAAUAAAUUUUUCCUACCACAACGAUUUACAUUAAUUUCUGGUCCAAUACGAAUGAUUUGUUGUGGUCCAUUUCAUACGGUUUGUAUUGCAAUCGAUCAUGAUCAAUCCUCAUCAUCAUCAGAUGUUGUUAAAGAAAAACUUUAUUGUUGGGGUAUUGAUCCAAAAACAUGGCGAUUAAAAAUGCGUGCCGAUCGUCAAACAUUGAAUAAUCAACAUAAUCGUAAUAUGAACAGUUAUGGUGCCAUUGGUGGUAGUGGUUAUAGAGAUCAAACUGUUGAUUAUACAAAAAUACGUGAAAUAAGUUUGAAAAAAUUACCCGAUAAUUGUUGUAUACAGAAAAUGUCUGCCGGUCAAUCACAUACAUUAUUGUUAACCGAUCAAGGUACAAUAUUUGCAUUCGGUAAUGGACGUGAUGGACAAUUAGGUUUAUCGAAACAAUCAUCAUCAUCAACAAUAUUGGCAGCCGAAUUAGAAGCACAACCUAUAUCGAUAAAUUUUAUUGAUGAUAAUGAUGAUGAUGACCAUGAUUAUAUUGAUUAUAAUCAAAAUCCUAAUCGUUUUAUCGAUAUAGCUUGUGGUUCAUUUCAUUCAUUAGCCAUUGAUUUUGAUGGUAAUAUUUGGGGUUGGGGACAGAAUUCGAAUGGACAACUUUUUGAACAAUCAUCAUCAACAACAACAUCAACUAAUAUGGGUGAUGGUGAUGAUUUAUCAAUAUCAUUAUCAUCACAUAAUGAUAAUGAUACUGAUUCACCAAAAUCAUCAAAACAUAUAACCAUUAAUCUAAAUUCAUCAUCAUCAUCUAAUCAAAUGAUUUUAACAUCAAAUUCACCAAAACAUAAUCGUUGGCAACCAUCAAUUCUAUUCGCAAUCAAAGAUAUUAUGGAACAACAAAAUUUUUCCGGUACAUUUGAUUUUGAUAAUUUUACUGAUUGGCAAAUACCGAAUGAUAAUGACGAUGAUGGCAAUGAUGAUAAAUCGUCUAAAGAUUUGAAAAAAUUACAAAGAAAAAUCCUGCUGACCUUAUUAUAUUAUCGUCAUGAUUUAAAUCUUAAAUCAUUGAUACAAAGAUUCGAACAAUUAAAAUUAUAUCAACUUUGUUCGAUUGUAUCAUGGUUGGCUAAUGAUCGAAUCAAAUCGUUAAAAUAUCAAUUUGAUGCAUUUCAACAAGAAUUAUUAUUAUUCAAAAAUGAUAAUGAAAUAUUACGUUCAAAAUUUGUUGAAGAAAUUUCACAUUUGUUAAAAUUUUUUAUUGAACAAAUUGAUUUGAAUUAUAAAAUUCAAUCAUCAUCAUCACAAUCGAUACGAUGUCGAAUGACUGCAAAAUUAUUGGACAAUUUUUUACAAUUUUGGAAUAGAUUGACUGAUCAUUUAUUAAUGAAAAUUGUUGAACGAUCUGAUGAAUUAAUACGACAAUCAUUAGAAUGGAAUCAUGAUCCAAUUGUAACAUUACAGGAAUUAUUCGCACAAUCAUCAUCAGAUAAUUAUCAUCAUUAUCAUAUAAAAUGGCCAUUGGAAAUAAAAUGGCAAAAUAUUGUUGAUGAAUAUCUUCGACAGCCAGCCACAAUGACAGCAAUAACAGAUCAAUCAAUGAUUGAGAUAGAAAUUCCUAGCGAUAUUGAAGAAGAUCCAUUGUUAUUAAUUUUUAAAUGUGAUUUAAAUUGUAUUGAAUGUUAUCAUACAAAGUAA